CCGCUGUCUUAAACGGUGUUAACAAUAUAGACGUUUGUAUGCGCCCCUUAACCACGAAGACAUAAAUAUUGCGUUUGGGGGGAGUAAAGAUUAGCACUUGGACUCCAACAGACCGACUAUAGCGAUAUUUUUAGCUCACAGAGCGGACUACGUAACAUGGCGGAUCGACAUCGAGGGCGCUCUUCGCGGUUUCCUUUUUGAGAAAGUGCUCGGAGUUUUGAUAAUAGAGGAGGAGGGUGAACCAAACCGAGCCGGGUUGAAGGGUCUUGGGGGGGGGGGGGGUCGCAUCACUUUCAAAAGUUUUUCAAGGUGAUUUCCUGGAGGCUCCGAACGGAUCUGGUUUGUUUACGUUUUGUGGCCCGGGCGCGUUAGCCUGUGCGUAAUAUUAGCCAUUUACGAGACAACGCGCUCCGGCUCUUUAAGCUGGUGUUUAGGGAAUCGGUUAAGCAGCCGAAAUAUAAUGUUGCCGAGCCGGGUCGGUUCGGCACCAUCUGGAAACGGGUCAGCUUCAGACAGGGGUAACACGGGACACGUUUCGGGGAUUGUCGCUGGCGGGAUCCGUCCCGUUUCAAUCAGAGCAGGGCAAGCUUUACCGGGGGUCAGCGAGAGUGACGGGCGACAGGGGGAGCGAGACGCCGUUGGGAUGCUGGGGGCUAAUGGUCCAGGGGACUCGAGGGGCGUGAGGCCGGGGAACGGGACUGGCGUGACCCCUCUGCAGACCGCCGUCCAGGGCAACAUGGGAAUGGGGCUGCCUCACGGGGCCAGGUUUGACCCGGACAGGGAGAGCGCGCCUCUGUGCAGCGGCUCGGAUAAUGACUCGGACUCCGGAGAGGACGACGACCCAGUGGGUUCACUCGGGGACAGCAGGAGAGGGGUGAAACGCGAGCGAGGGGAGAUGGAGGCUGCGGUGACGGGGCAGGAGGUGGGGUUACCUCCCGGAGGUUACGGCAUGGUGCCCGGAGGGGUCGCGGGGGCAAAGCCGGGGAAGAAAACACGUGGGCGCGUAAAGAUAAAGAUGGAAUUUAUCGACAACAAGUUGAGACGUUACACAACUUUCAGCAAGAGGAAGACUGGUAUUAUGAAAAAGGCCUAUGAACUCUCCACCCUGACGGGAACCCAGGUUCUACUGCUUGUGGCCAGUGAAACGGGUCACGUCUACACGUUUGCCACCCGGAAACUCCAACCCAUGAUCACAAGUGAAACGGGCAAAGCGCUGAUCCAAACAUGCCUCAACUCGCCGGACUCGCCGCCGCGCUCUGACCCCUCCACGGACCAGCGCAUGAGUGCCACGGGCUUUGAGGAGACGGACCUCACCUAUCAGGUGUCUGAGUCGGAGAGCAUGGGCGACACAAAGGAUACACUGAAGCCGACGUUCACGGUAGCCAGCCUACCGGGUGGUACCAGCAGCACCCAGUGCACCGUACCCACCACCUCCACUACCAUGCAGGUGAGCAGCGGCCCUUCGUUUCCCAUCACCAACUACCUGGCGCCCGUCUCGGCCAGCGGCAACAUCUGCGCCAAUGGUACCGUCCUCAAGACCGCCGGUGGCUCCGCGGGGGUCAUGCAGCUGCCCAGUGGCUUCACGUUCAUGCCCGCAGGCACUACUCUCCCCCCUGGCACCCCCACCAUUCCUCUGAGCCAGCUGCAGCAGCACUCCCUGGCCCUCCAGGGGCAGCAUGGUCAGGCCCUGGCUGCUGCCCCACAGCCGAUGCAGGGACAGCAAGCUGUCUUCCGCUUCCCUGCUGCUGUCUCCCUCACAGGACCUGGGCUUUCCCAGCAGCUCCAGGCUAUUCAGGUCCACCACAACACCCAUUCUAUCUCCGACAGUGGCCUCGACAUCUGCCACACCUCCACAAACUCCACCGCGACGGUCAGUCUCCCGGCGACCAUCGUCACCUCGUCAUUGCCGACGUCUGUUACGGGUCACAUGAUGUACCCCAGCCCGCACACGGUGAUGUAUGCCUCCACGCCAACGCUGACUGACGGGGGGCUGGCUGUGCUCAACGCCUUCUCCCAGGGCACCUCGGCCAUGCAGGUGUCCCAUGUACAGUCCCAAGACACAGGUGCUGUCCCUCAGGUGUUCCUCACAGCACCUCCAGGCACGAUGCAGAUCCCCGUCUCUGCAGUGCAGCUACACCCAGUACGGCAAGAUCUGCAUUUUACAAAUGGUGAUUGGUCCGCAGUCGAGCGGCAGCAGUAGUAACCUGACGGAGCUCCAGGUGGUCAAUUUGGACACAGCACAGAACUCAAAGAGUGACUGACGGAGACGUUUCCUGCAGCAGACCCAGAGACACAAACGGACCGACUUGCAUACAUCUCUAUUUAUUGAUGCCUUCCUACAGUUUCACAUUAUGCUUGGAAAUGAGACUUUAAACUACACACAAUCAAGGGCUGACCCUUAUACAGUAUGUUUUGGUAUAUGAAUAUAUAUAUAUAUUCGCAAAUGCAUAGGAAAUGUAAUAACCUAUUUUCUAUGCUGUUAUUUUUUUUGUGCGUGAUUUAUUUUUCUGUUGUGAAAAAUGUGUAAUUACAUGUACACCAGACACACACACGCCCACACACACAUGCCCACACAAAGGUGCCACAGCUUCACACCAGCCAAAGAGACAUUUGUUUGUCUGAAUGUUCCAGUGUGAGCAACUUGUGCACAAGCGUGUGUCGGUGUGUGCGCGCGCGCGUAUCAGGGGUUUGUAAAUGGGUGGGGAGACUCUUAUUGACUUUUGGAAAUGUACAUUUUUUUUAUUUUAAAUAACUGGUUUAGUUUGUGUGAUGACAUGAAGUUAAUUUUUUUUGUUUGUGUAGUGUUUUUGUAUGUACAUGAAUUAUUUGCCUGAAGAAAAUGAAUUUACAUGUAUUUGUAAAUUAAUUGAACAAUACUGUCAUGCUGUUGGGAGUUCUGCAAGAUGGAAAAGGAACGCUGGAUUUUUCUACAUGUUUUGUUUGACAUUUUCUAGUCCUGUCUCUCAAACAGGAUCAUGUAGCUGGGUCACAACAUGUAAAACACAAGAUAUUUAAGGUUUAUUGUUUUGCUGGGAAGACGACAUGAACAUCAGUUUUGCAUUCAAGGUUUCAUAAUGAGACCUGAUCUGGCAGUUUGUGUGCAAACCGUUAACUGACAAUCUGAUGGAAAUUUAAUUUCUCAACUUGAUGUCCUGCUGUCUAUUUUUGUGUGAACACACAAAUGCAGCACAAUUCUGAUAUUUUAAAAACAUAACCGUUAACAUCCUUAAUGUGAUUAAUUUGUGUCCCCUAUUUUUUUAAUGCCACAAUUGUUCAGUUUAAAAAAACAAUCCAUCGCCUCAACUUGACUGCAGAACUUUAAUGUUAUGAUGCGAAUAAUGACUUGUCGGCAUUGGACACAUCUCUUGUUUAACAAGAAACUGAAUCAAAAUUCCACUUCAAUACUGCUAUUAAAGCAUUGUAUUGAGGAAGCGCACUUCAGUGCAGUGUUGAUGCUUUAUUAUUACAACAGUGAGUAUGAAUAUUUUUGUACAAAUAAGGAUCUCUUAUUUAGGAAAAGUGCUUUCAUAAUGUUGAUGUACUCUAACAACUUUUUAGACCCUGGCUCACUGCAAUCUCAGUAUGUACCUCAGCAAUCAUUAAGAAUAGAUUUCUGAGACUGAGGGCCUUCUUUCUGCACCAUCGUGCCUCUUUUCCAUGGCUGGUUUCUAAAUCCCCACUCGGCAUUGGUAAUGUAGGUUUGACUUAUUUCAAGACCAACGUACAUGACUUUUACAUACUCUGCUGUGGUUUGACUCAUUUCUACAGAAUUAGCUGAGCAUGCUGGCUUGAAGCCAAAGAGGAUUUGAGAGAACGUAUCCAUGCCGACUGCUGCUCAGUUAUUCACUGGCUAGGUCAUUUUCACACUGGCUCAAUGUUCUCUUGUCUGUUCCUGUACACAGUCAUGUCAACCGAAAGGGUUGAUUGUCAGAAAUGUUCAGGUUAAAGACCUGAUAUCUGAUCUUUCAAAAAUAUUUUUUUAAAGGAGAUUAUUGAACAAUUUGUGGUUUUCACUUUGUCAUUGAGAUAAAUGGUUAUAUGUAUUUGUUUUGUUGUACAGACCUUUUGUAAUAAAAACCACAAUGACACUGAA